AUGGGUUGCUGUAUUUCUCAUCCUUUCUUUGAAAAGGAAACUGUCUAUGAAGUUACAUUGGAUGCUGAUGGUGUCGCUCAGCGUGUGCCUAAAGGACAAGGCACUCAUUUCAUUCACAUCUCUUCCAAGAACGGAGAGACUCACUUGGAAGAAAAGACUGAGCAACCAUCACGCCCUGCAGUUACUCACGAUGGCAGCAAUAACAAGUGGCCAUCACUUACAACACCACCUAGUUACAACAGCAAAGUGGCACCUGUGAAUGAUGUGCAAGAGAAAGAUCAAGUUUCAUCUUAA